CCAAAUAUCAGAGUUCCUGAUAUGUGACACCGUCAUGGAUCAGUGUCUCCGCCUUCCUCCGGUUCCUGGCCCGUGGCUUCCCAGCUUUUCGUUUCGCAGGCAAAUAUGGGAUCGUGUAGACAUACCCCCGGUUCAUGAUCCACACACCUGGAUGUCUGUCUGUCUCCAGGCUCUGCGGAAUAUAUGGGUCGUGCCUUCUCGUCUAGCGGACACGAAUGAUGAAGGCAGGAGAAACGUCAGCUUUGACGAGCGGUCCACACCACGACUUCGUCAGCUAUGACGAAUCCAAACGCCCUACGCAGUUUUAGGCCACCGUUAGAUGCUUCUGGUAAAUCUACCGAUUUCGUCGCCUCAAAGGUCAUCAGCCAUCAAGGCAAGAUCCUCGGCGUAGCUCUGGACAAGGUCGGACGGUUCUGGUACAACAUACUCGACUUGAAGUCUUCGGCGUCCACGUCCGGAGGAACGGGGAACGGACAUCGCUACGAUUCGCAACGAUGGAAAGAUGAUUGCAGCCCGUUGUACUUUCCCACCGAGCUGGUUCACCUGGACGCCGAGUUGGGAGGACUGUACGCCCUGCCAGUACGUGGAGAGAAGGAUGCCGAGGUCGACGCUAGCGUGGUCGAUCCGUCUCUGGUGGAUGCGUACUAUAGUACCACUGCUAGGCUGUCGGGACGUACCGGGGGUGGAAUGAGUGACUUUUCACUGGUCUCCGAUGGGACCUACAUCUACCUGUUCAGGCAGGCCAGACGGGCGGACGAUACCGAUGUCUCCGUGCACAAGGUGGCAGGGUAUCCCGUGGUGGAUGGCAACAUCUUGAUGGACCGGUUCGUCCUCGCAGACGGCGUCCUCGGUAGGAAACUCCACGUCCGGUACCAGAGGUCCCGAUCCUCCCGCCCGCUUCACGCCAAAGACACCUUGAGCGCAUGGGAUAUGGACGGCAAGCCCUUCUUUGAACCGACGACUUGCAUCGACCUGAUCAAGAACGUCAGCCAGGGCAAAUUCUGCGUCAUGCGCACCCCAACGGAUUCGAACGACGCGUACCGAUGGAACGUCUUUGUGCUUUCCGACCUGACGAAGCAGAUCGAGUAUUAUAGUUUUGAUUCGACUCCCGAUGGAGCGAUCCGGACGCGAGGACGUAUCAGUUACGGAUGUCCCGCUCACAAAGAUCACUUGAACGAAGAGCCAACGUUCUCCUUGGAACCGGGAGCUUGUCCUGCGAUCACCCAAGGUGGAUUCCGUUGUAAUCGACCCCUGAUGCCGGCCGAUGUCAACCCCAAGGCCACAGAGUCCCAGAGCGCUCUCUUCCUGGACGGAUCAUUCACAAAGACUUACCUGGAGACUGAUCCGAUCGAUCUGUCGGACGCCAAGGUCUACGAGGACGGGUUCACGCUCGAAGCGUGGAUCUCGCCGCGAAAUCCUUGGGCCACGGCUGCCGCGCUUGUUAGGGACGAAACGGUGAGAGCGGUCGAAGAUGUCAAGUUCGACUUCGGCGUUGUCAAGAAGAAGACCACUGGAACGUCGACAACGGGUACCGCAGCAUCCGGUACGAAUACCUCUGGCGGCACCUCAUCGAGCGGCUCUGCAAAAGAUAGCGAGGUCAAGACGGGUACGGGCACGGGUUCGACGUCGAAUUCGGUUGGGGCAAGCACCACGAUCAAAGCACCAGAUGCCUCCGGGACAACUACUACCACGACGAGACCGUCUGGAGAGGCCAAGCUGAACACGGCGACGAUUCCCAGUUCUGCAGUGACGACUUCCACCGAGGCCUUGCCGGACGACGCUCGAGCCGUCUUUUCGAUCACCGGAACGGCAGCCGUUACGGUCGCUCUGCUUCCCACAAGGGGUGACGGUACUCGGGUCAGGAUCGGCUUGGUCUCCGAAGGGAAAGUCGCCCCGGCGACGUCCCCUAUCCCGGCGAUCUCGGCCUAUUCGCCUUCGACCCCGUCCGACGCCUGGACCCACGUUGCUUUGGUGUACAAGAGGGAGAUCAAGACCGCCCGUCUCUUCGUCAAUGGACUCGUCGAGGCUACCAUGUCGGGCGUAGCGGCGGGUUCGUUCGAUGGCGUGGCGAAAGCGAUGCUCAAGGACAAGGUGCGGUACUACGCGGGCGCCUUGGACGAGAUAAGACUCUGGAGCAUGGGCAGGGACGACAAGGAUAUCGGCCAGACCAUGCAUACGCGAUCGAGCGGGGUGGAACCCUACCUUAUCGCGUAUUGGGGACUCGAUGAGGGUACUGGUAGCCUCUGCCACGAUUCGACGGGUCUGUCUCGACCGCUGCAACUCGUGACCGAUGACACCUCGUUGACCGUGCACCAGAGCUGGGUCCUGUCGACCGCUAAUAUCACUUCAAGGGCAGGGAUCGUCCGACGUGUGCUGCGGUUGCGGGAUGGGCUCGAGGUCACCACGGCUCCUGCUGCAGCGCUAUACUGCGAGCAAGAAGAUCCGCUGCAAAUCGUGGUGGAAGAGGAGGAAGGAAAAGGCGACAGCGUAUUGAAAGCGAACAAGACCCGCGCACAUGUCGUCUUGGCGUUCGGCGUACGGGACGGCAAGACACCGUCAGAGUCGCCAAGCGGCUCAGAAGAUGCGGCACUCGGCUGCCUCGGUCUUUUGGACUUUGACUUGGAUGCACAAGGCAUCCUGGCCUCGACCACAGGUCUCAUCGGACUCGAGUCGAGCAUGUUGACCAACGCGCUGCUGGUGAACAAUAGCGUCGCUCGUGCAGCUGCCGAAGUGCGCUCAAAGCGCAUAGCAGAGAUCGACAAGGACGAGGCGGACUUUCACGAAAAAGUCAAGCAGAUAAAGAAUGGAGGCGAGUGGACUUGGUACGGACCGGCGCUUGGAAAGUUUGUCGAAAGUAGACGGGUGGUGGAAACCGACUGGGAUCGGGAAAUCAAACGGCUCAAGACGAUCGUGAUCGGUGAUGAUGGCAAGCAGAUAGAGGACGUGAUUCUUCGGUCUGCAGAAUGGCGACAGCAAUCGCGCGUGGCUGCAGCCGAGAUCACACGAUUGGAUCAGACUUUCCCUGCACGACUCGCAGAACUCGACGCAAAAUUCGCAGCCGAGAUAGAAUGGGUAAAAACCGGACCGAAAAGAACGUGGCUCGCUGCAGCGGGAGAUGCGAAGGAGUAUGUAAAAGCCAAAGCGCUAUUAGCAGACUGGUACAAGCUCGCUCCUUCGGCGACCCCAGAGUGUAAUCGCAUCAAAAUGGAGUGGGAAGAUGCUCGGCACAAGCUCGCAAUCGAUACGUGGAAACAAAAGAUGCGUUGGCGACGCCAGAUCGAGCUGCUCCGUACGCCGCCAGCUGACGACAAGAUCCAGCCGCUACUUUGCAGCAUCGACGGAGCUGGCCUUCGGGUUUCGGGAAUGAUGCUAGAUGCGGAGGCCUGCGUACUGACCGGCGCACCCGCACUGUACGAAUCUGCAAAGGGAGAAGUUCUGAUCUCGGCGAGAGGCGCUGGCGAGCGUUUACAAAGCUUCCAGUACGAUGCUGGCACUGCCCGACCGAACGCCAUGCUGCGGGGCAACGAUACAGGCGAGGGCCCUAACGGCUCUUCUGCCGUCGCCGUGUUGCCACGCAGCAACGCCGUCGAAAAGUUGCACGUCGAGAUACGACGGAACGACCCGGACAGCUCGGCCACUGUCGACGUGGUCUUGACUGCAACGCUGGCCGGCGAUACACCUCAGUCGGUCCACGAACGAUGGUUAGGAGUAUCUUCUGACCCUCAACAAUUGUCAGCGACGAUCAACGGCAUGAUAUCCCGGACGGCUGUCCAAGUGGGUCGCAUUGGCAGCGACGACAUGCCCACCGCGAUCGUCACCCCGAACAGCACACAGAACAAGACGCCAGAGGUCACCAAGCUGCAAUUCCCAAAGGGGAUUCUGAUCAGCCUGCUUCCGGGUUCCGUGUUGACCGCAGGCUCAUGGGCCUUUCAUGUCUCGCGAUCGGCCCUGGUGGGGUCGAAAGAGGUCGAGGUCAAGAUACUAGACUUUCCCACAGUCGAGACCGAUGACGACGAAGAGGACGAUGACGCCCCUAUCCCUGGUCCACCCUCAGGGUCGAUGUUGACGACGCUUGCGUACGACUACUCCCGCCUCGCCUGGUCGGACAGAGUGAACGCAAAUCUCGCCAGCGGGUCGAUGGUCGCCUCGUUCGCUCCACUGGAUCUGGGCGUCAAGGUGUCCAUACAAGAAUUAGAAGUACCGGCGGAACACACGAGAACGCCUGGACUAAAGGGUGUGGCUGCAGGGGGUUCGAUCACUUUCGAUGGCGGUAACAGCGUGUCUGUAGCGACAUCGAUCGUCGAUCCGACAGGCGAAGCUCGACCUGCCGCGGCAUUGGGUACCGGUCUAUCGGUCGAGUUCUUUUUCAAACCGGCUCUGGGACAGCACCUCGAAAGUUCCGCCCUAGAAGAUCGAGCGAAUCCUCAUCGAUCGGUACUCAUGGCAUACUCGGACUCGGUCAAGGACGCCACAGUUUCGUCUACAGGUUGGGCGCGCGAGUGCGUACUCGCCUUGGAGCGCGACAUCGAUACCGUGUCACUGGACCACUAUCACGUCGUAUUGGGAUCAAGGGGAGAUGGGAUAUCUUGUCCCGCCUUUCACAUCCCAUCGAUCAAGAGCGAAUCGUUCACACUGGAAUUUCACGUCUGGUUUGUCGGUGGUAUCGAAAGCGCGUCUGGCGUGGGCCUGAGGGUGGAGAUCGACGACUUUGUCAUCGAGUUGAAGCGGGAUGCAUGUACCGUCACCUACUUGACAAACGCCGACGGUCAGCCAGACUUGAGCGGCAUAGUCCCGACCCCUCUCGGGGAUAUCGGUCAUCGGCUCCAGGGACAAUCAUGGAUACAUGUCAGCGUCGUUCAUGAUGCUGCUCGGCGGUCGGCGGAAGUAUACGUGAACGGCGAGAAUUUCGCCAGUUUCGCCGUUCCCAAACUACCAGAUCAACCGAUCCGCAAGCAAGGUCUGGCUGUCAAUAACAUCUUCUCGGCGCAAGCACGGGUCGCAGAUGUCGCCGUGUGGAGCGGCGUUCGCAGUUCGCGUCAUAGCAGGCGAGAGCGGCUGCGACAGUUGUCUACUGCUACCGGAGAGGUCCUGCUGUAUCUUCAAGGCCAGUCGGACGGGACUGUCAAAGACAUGUCGUCUAAUGGCUAUGCCGUCCGCGUAGCAUCGUCAAUCGGCGCUCAGGCAACGCGAAAGUCGUCGCAGGACGUCAACUGGCAGGCCCGCGACGAGUGGGUACUCGUCGCCCAAUUGUGCGGCAAACCUUUCAAGCUGCAGACCUCUGCAACAGGUCGUGCAGGUCGAAUCUGCUCCGAAGACUGGACGCAUGUGGCUGUCACAUCGGACAUCAGCUAUGCGGCGUCUCUCGACAACUUGUAUACAUCGCAAAAGUCCGACUAUUUCCGCUCGUGCUCUUUCAUCGAGAUCAGCGGUAAUGCACCGUUCACAGAUGGAACGAUGUCUAUCGCAGUCUGCAUGCCUGACGUUGGUCGAAACACCAUGCUGUUUACCUGUGGUAAUGCAAGACUGGUCAAAGGCGCGACCGGAUGUCCUUCAAACCCGUUGGAAGUCUCGACUUUCGACAGCGGUCGCAUCAGACUCGCUUGGGUAGAUCAACAUGGAACCGUGAUCCAUCGAGAGACAAACUGUCGACUCCGCUCUGGCGUCCCCACGAGAAUCACGGUCACCAGAGAAUACUAUAACUGUUCGGUCGCCUCGGGAGCAAAGCACAUCUACAUCGCCAGUCUGGCCUUGCUCGAGUGUCCUCGAGGACAAGAUCUCGCCAGCUCGGUCCGCGAACAGUGGCCUGAGAAGACGGACACGGCAUCGCUAGCGGCUGUGCCUGAUGAUCUCGCCGUCAUGGAGAGUUCUAACACUUGGUUCCUCGGCGGUGCUCCCUGGAUCACCAACUCCAAUGCCCAAGCGGAUAGGCGGAACACGGAUGUCGAGAUGGACGGUCUAACCGGCCAGAUAAGUGAGUUCAGGGUGUAUCAAGGAACGGUGGAUCCAUAUCCAGCAUCGAUGCCGCGCGGCAUGAGUGCGGGCCUGGUAUCAUGGUUGAACUUUGUCGAGGGCGAAGGGCUUCGAGCAGCCGAUCAUGCUGGCAAAGCGCAAGGCGUAUUCUCGGGAAGGCGGCGGCCGACGUGGUCCAUCAGCCUCAAUCCGCACGAAUCGUGCAUAACAGCUUAUCUCAACGGUAGUCCCGUCGAGCUGAGUCCCAUCGGAUCGAGAUGGGCCGAGAACGUCGUUCCGACCACUUCGACCUUGGUCCUAGGCGGCUAUCAAUCCGACGGGACUACCUCGGGCGAUCGGCUCAGCAAUUUCUCUGGUAGUUUAGCCGAGGUCAGGCUCUGGAACUCGUGUCGAACCGAAGAGAUGAUCAACGACUCGCUGUACUAUCCUCUUCCCGAGGUGGAUUCGUCACUCUUGGCCUACUACGACAUGUCCCCGCCGUCGACGAUAUUACAAGAGAGCGCCACGGGUCUACUCGACGGCUUUAAUCGCCACGAGCAUCUCAUCGAAGACAGGAGUCUCGCAUCCCGACACCUCAAGGCUAUCAACAAGCCCAAAGAGCUCGUACCGUCGUGGUACAUGCUGUAUCAGGAUUUCGACUCGCCUGUAGGGAAUGCGGCUCCUUGCUACAUGAAUCCCUUCUCUACCAGCGAACCAAACGCUCUGCAAAUAAAGGCGGACGCGAGUUCAGGUGGAAUCGCCGAAUAUGGAGAGGUGGAAGCGGACGGCACCGGAGCAUAUAAGCGGGUCUACUCUCAUAUUUCCAAGGAUGGAGAAUGGCAUCUCUGGACGGGUCACAAGGUCGGCGACGUCGUGAGCUCGUAUGUGGCUUCGCAGCAGUUGGCAGCGGAAAUCAAGGGCUUUAUCGAAGGUCCCCCUCCUUUUCCUCUGGAAAAUUAUUGGUCCAAAGCUCGCGAGCAUACCCCACAUUCAGUCGUGCGAUUCAUUGACAUGGGCAGGACGGUGUUUACGUACAAUACUCGUUCGGAAUUCGGGCAAGAGCUGUCGGAAAACUCGGAACAUAGUAUAGGAGCCAAAUGGAAGAUGAUGGCCGGUCUAGGAGUGGAGACAGAAGUUGCGGCGGGCAAAGUGUUGGGUCACCUCAAACAAUCUGCGGACUUUAACGAUUCGACUUACAAGACCGAUUCGCUCAUCCGCACCGACGUCCGAACGGUCGAGAUGAAGAGCGAGCAGACGGGGCAAUGGGUCGGCACCGAUAACGACUUCAAGUACGACGUCAACAAUGAUGGACUGGCCCUGGUCGAGAGCCGUACUUGCGACGUCUACGCGCUCCGACUAAAGCUCAAGGGCGGAAGAUGGCCAUUGAUCGCAUACGACGUGCGACCGAACCUGCUUAUACCCGCCGACGUCAACAUUGUGACCUUUCCCCUGAACCCGAGAUAUGUCAAGCAAGGCUGCCUGGAUGGGAACUAUGGCGAAGUCGCGGAUCCUGAUUACGCCGCCGACGGGGAAGAGAGGCGAAGGCUUGGGCUCGGAGUCUCAUACUACGAUCCAAAGCAGGCCUACCAAUUACAAAACGACAUACGCAAGCAGAAAGAAACCCGCGAGGCCGAGUACAAUGCUUAUACGGAAGCUGUUACCUCGGGUCAAGUUAUCUUGGGCAUAGCGAAGAACGUGAUCAACACCGCUGUAGAUGUCUUGAGCGGGAAAGGCUUUACCAACCCGCGAGAUUAUAAGUCCAACAUGCCUGGGGCGACGGCUCGAUCUAUCUGCAAUUCGUACGUAUGGACGGCGUCCGGCGGAUUCUACAGCGAGUCGAACGAGACGAUCGACCACAUCCAGAACGAAUACGGUGGCUCUGCCAUAGGCAAAGUGACGGUAGGUCGUGGACUGAGUGGAGAGGCGGCCAUUGGAGGGGUGGAGAUCGCCUCGCAAUGGCACACCGGCGCGAGUUUGCACUUCAACAUCAAUUCUCACAAAGACAAGGCGACCGAGAGCCAUUACCAGGUACACGUAGAGUCGGGUACGGGAAUGGAUCUCCGAGUGAUGAAGAAUCAAAAGGACUGGUCCAAGAGGGCGGGAGCAGUUGACGCGUAUAGGUGGAUGACAUUCUUCGAGGAACCGUCGGAGGAUCACUGGCAUACCCUCUUCAACAAGGUUAUCGAUCCGAUGUGGUUAGCAGGUCAGGGACGGGACGGCGAUACCCCCGAAGCGAGCCUCCUCCGCUCGACCAAAAACUCGGGCGCGAAGAGCAAGUGUUGGAGAAUCUCGCACCGGGUAACUUUUGUCUCCAGGGUUCUUUCCAAGAUCAAACCUCGGCCCAACGAGGACGAUGGCGAUGCAGCGAGACUGUCUUCCCAAUUGCAUAGGAUGAACUUGGAUUCGAACUGGCAACUCAUACAGGCGCUCGGUCCUCAGGUCGCUUCGUGCGGUAGCAAGGGCGCGAUCGCGACGAGGUUGAGGAUGGUUCUACCGCACACGUACCCGUUGUUGAUGCAAUCGGAGGCGAUCAUACAGGACGUGGUGGAGUUGCUCGCAGAGUAUAUGGGACUCGUAUAGUUUCUUCGACCAGGAUGUACGUACUGUUAUUGGUCACUACGAAUAACUCCGUUUGCACAGACCGAAAACAUGUAACGGCGCGAGAGCAUAUUUCGGUUAUCGUACAGUCUUGUAUCCCUGUCUAGGUCAUACUUCACGCCGUUCCAACAAUUAUUUACCUUUCGUCACGUGGUCAUCACUUGGAAUACGGGGCUGCUCGUCAUUAAUAAUAAGCAAGAUUGGCAAGUCAUCGUGAUGAUAGAGGACAUCCACGUUAUCAACC